AUGAGACCAAAGAUUUAUCUGUUUGGAGAUUCGAUAACUGAGGAAUCAUUCAGCGACGGAGGAUGGGGCGCUUCACUGGCGGAUCACUUUGCUCGCACGGCUGAUAUAGUUUUGAGAGGGUACAGUGGAUAUAACACAAGAUGGGCUUUAAAGAUAAUAGAAAGAGUGUUUCCAUCUACGGAAAUUGAGAAAGAAGCAGCGGCGAUUACCAUAUUUUUCGGUGCAAAUGAUGCUUGUUUACCCGAUAGAUCUAGCAAAUUUCAACACGUGCCGCUGGAAGAGUACAAGCAAAAUCUCCAAGCUCUUAUCGCAUAUUUCAAGGUCUGA